GAAGAGUUUUUAAACUCAGAUUAAACCGGGAGGAGGCCAGUGUCGGUCAGUCUUAACGUUGAGAAGAUGAGUGAGCUGGAGGAUAUCAGCCACCACAUUCAUGACAGGAUAUCAUCCUUACAACGCAUGUUGGAUCUGUCAGUUGUGGCAUUGCCCCACAAUAAAAUUAGGAAACUUGGACAAGAACUCUUCUCACUGCAGAGACUUUUGGAGGAGUUAGAAAAAUGUGUUGACCGACAGAGGGAGCAGCUGAAGCAUCUGAAGGAACUUGAGCAGUCAUUCCAGAAGGAUGCGGAGAAUGUCGAUCACUUGAAGGACAACAUGCCUGCACACAUGCCUGUGAAGAAAGGCCCAGCAAAUGGCAAACCUGUAUUGAACAACAACGACGGAGCAGCUGUUCAACUUGGCCAACCAGAAAAUGUCAAAAAGUCCGGCAAGAACUACGUCAGAGAAAUGGAGUUCAUCACUAUGCCAGAGUUUGACAGCAUCCCUCAGUACAUGAGAGGACGUGUAUCCUAUGACAAACUCAAUGCUGCAGUGCAGAGCCUUAACACAGCUGUAACGGCCAAAUACAAGAUCCUUCAUCAGUCAGCGAAAACUCUGAACAAUCAUGCACGCAAGCUGCACCAGCGCUUCAAGGACCAGGAGACGAAAGAUACAAAAGGUCAGUAUUUUGUGGUGGAGGAUGACAUUCGGGAAUUCACACAGAUGAGGGUGGACAAACAGUUUCAGGGGAUUUUGAACAUGCUUCGACACUGCCAGCGUCUGCGGGAGCUACGAGGGGGAGGCCUCACACGAUACAUGUUAUCAUGAGUCUCCGUCAUACGUCUUGUUCGUCCAGGCCUACUGUGUUUUGUCAAUGUAUCCUUUAUCUAGUUUAGAUUGCUUAUUUGGACAACCAUUUAGCACAGUGUGCCCACUGUUCUACAGAUAUGUUGCUGCACGUCUAGGCUUUACGUUACUCAUAAGUUCUUUUAAAUAGACAUUGUCCUGAUCUACUCUGAGCAUUUUUAAUAUUGAUUGGCUCAAUCACACACAUUUAUACACACGUGUGGGGACACAGGGUGAGCGACACUGUAACGAGUCGGUGUUUGGCUCGAUUUGUGGUAUUGUUACAGUGCAUUGUUCAGGACAACGUCACACUGUCUCAAACGGAAUGUGAUUGUAAAGAGCUCAUUGCCUUUCAGUCCACUGAUGCUAAAACCGUAAGUACACAUACAACUGAAAAACGGUGGAAAUCAAUCUUUUUUUAUUGUGCUUUUAAAAAAAUUGUAAUAAAAUAAAAGGUCAUCUCGCCUAUGACAUCUACACUACAAAUAACAGUUCAGAUCUAAAAUGAAAGAAUUUUUGAAGCUUUCCACUCACCACACCCCUGUGCAACCAGAUAUGUAAUGUCCCAAAUGUUUUAUUUUGAUAUAAAAUAUGAUUUCAUUUAUACAGAAAAA